CAUAAUUUCUCGCAAAAUAAAAUUUGAAAUUUUGUAAUAGUAUGUCCUCUCUGAUUGGGUCAUUUUUAGGACUAUUUCAGCGCCACUCAUCGGCAGUUUUCAUUUAGUUUUAUCUAGCAAUACUGGAUGUGGUACCUUUAGUUUUUAGGUAUCCUUCGAACUAUUCACCUCGUAGCAAAUAGUGCUAGUGAACUGUUAAGUACACGUAAAUAAAAAUUUCUGUAUUUUACUUUCCGAUUUUAAUUUAUUGAUAAAAAAAACGCAACGCAAAAUGUCUUCUUCAUACGUCAAUUUUGAAAAUGAAGAGCUUUUUUAUCAUAGCUUUGAAUCACUCUUUCCGGAUGUUUUUUCACCGGUAUCAUCCUAAUUACCGCCGACUCCUGAAAGCAUAUCAACAGAAGAAUCAAUCAUCGUGCAGAGUCAUAAUUCCGCAAUUGAUAUAGAUACACACCAGUCUGUUGAGAAGAGUGAGACGUUGAACAAAAAAACACCUAAUUCAAAACGCAGAACAAGAACAGCGUUCACCAACAAUCAACUUCUUCAUAUGGAGCAAAUAUAUGCGCAGAAUAACUACUUGUAUCGUCAAAAACGGAUUAUUGUUGCCGAAUUACUAGGUCUUACUGAAAAACAGAUCAAAGUGUGGUUUCAAAACCGUCGCAUGAAGGAUAAAAAAAUUGGAUCCAAAAAAAGAGUCCAGGACAGCGAUCACGUGUUGGAAAGCUACUUAGGAAUAUGCGGCAAAACAAAUAUGGUGGUCAACCAUGUUCAAGACUCAACGUACCCGACGUAUAAUGUUCAAUACAACUUGGUUCCUGCUCCAAUUGAAUGUCCAGCAGAAAACCACGUGCGUCUCAUGAACUUCAAUAACUGCUCAUCAGAAAGCGCUAACUACCCUCAAUUUCAAAAUUGGAACACCUACAAUCAGUACCAGACUAACGUAAUUCAAUAUCAGAAUUACAAUUUCACCUACGGUAGCAAUAUCAAUGAUAAUAGUGACAAAAAGUCAUCUACUGCGAACAGCAACUUUUACGAUUAUAGCUCGUGUAAUUAUCAACAAUUUUUUUUAUCAACAAUAUUAUAA